UGAACUAAAAAGAGGAGAUUUUUUAUAAGAUAUGCAUUCUUCUUUUUAACUUUUAGUAACUUCAAAAGCUAAAUGUUCAUUUACAGUUAUGUUUCUUUAAAACAUUGAUUUUUUUUCUUCUUAAUAUGGAAUUUAGCAAGACUGACCUGAAUCCUACUUCUUUGAUCAAUUUGAAAGCUGAGCUUCAAAAAAAAUAUGAAGUCUUUAAACAAUCUAAAGGGCUUCAAACACCUUUACAGAAGAAAUUAACUCAUUUAAAAAAUAAGGGUGAAGACACAUCAAAGGGAAAGAAAAAAACACCCAUUGUAAAAUCAACAGUACCAGACGAUGAUGAAGAGACACUAGCACUAGAAAAAUCUAGGAAAGCUUUAGAAGCCAAAGCCAAGCUGUAUGAAAAGAUUACUUCAAAUAAUAUACUCAUUGAUGAUGAGGAAAACGAUCGAUAUUUAGUGGACUUCCAGAGAAAGGUUUUAUAUGCGCCUGUUCAGUCGGAAAAUACGGAUAAAGAUGAUGGCAGUAGUUCUGCUGCAAAGUUUGAAACUCCACUUCCUUCCACAGCCCAUCCUGUAGGAGAAAACUCUUCUGCCAGCCGUAAAGAUGUUAAAGAGGAAAAGUUAGACUCUGAUGAAAACAUUCAUUAUCAAAAUGUUCAAUAUAAUGAAAUACGUGAUCAUGGCACUGCUUAUUUUGCAUUUUCAACUGAUGAAACAAAAAGGAAAGAACAAAUGGAAGAAUUAGGUUCAUUAAGGCAAGAGACAGAAGCACAGAUACUAGCAAAACAAAGAAUGCAAAGGAAACGAAAAGCAAUGCUAGAAGCUCGAUUAACAAAAAUAUGCGAGAGGAGAAAUAUCGACAAAAAUGUUGUGCAAGCAUAUACUCCAAUCAAUGUACAAGAAGAAGAAGAGAUUAAGGAAGUUGAUUUAUCAUCUAUUCCACUUCCUGAACCAGCUUCCGAGACUUCAGAGAAGAAGGAACCAAAAAUUCGACCAUGGGAUGUUGGUAAAGAAAAAAUAGAUUUCCAACCAGCAGAAAAAAGAAAAAUAAGAAAUCAAAAUGACUGGAUUGAAGAAAGGCGAAAUGAAAGACCUUUUGAAUUUGCUCCUCCCACCAAUUACUCCAGAAAAUUCACGUAGCAUGUAUAAAUGUGUUGUAUCAUAUGUAAAUAAUAAAGUUGAA